AUGUCGUCUAUGAAUCCUUUCUUAGUUAAAUUAUUCAUCAGGUUUUUCUGGUCGCGACAAGUAGUACCCACGGAACAAAAAAUAUUCACCAAUAGUUCUCUGCUGAAUGAUAAAGUUUUGGAAAGAUUGGAGAAAUUGAGCGUCCGUCACGCCACUUUGUCUCAGGAAUUAAAUAUCCAAGAUGUUGAUCCAGAUCUUCUCUCUCGGAAUUCCAAAGAAUUAUCGGACCUUGAAACCAUAGUUGCCCCAUAUCAAAAAUUCAAGAAAGCUCAAGGUGAGCUCGAGGAGAUAAACGUGAUUGUUAGGGAUGGCGCAGAUGAAGAUCUCAGAAAACUUGCACAAGAGGAACACAUUGAAAUAAUAGGAAGGAUAAAAGAUUUAGAGCAAUCUAUCGUGACGUCUCUACUUCCCAAAGACACCGCUGACGAAGGAAAUGCCAUACUUGAGGUUCGCGCUGGUACUGGUGGUGAGGAAGCCGGUUUGUUUGCCGCCGACAUGUUGAACAUGUACGAGCGCUACGCUCUUCUGCGUCAGUGGAAAUUUGAGAGGUUGACUGUGUUGGAGGAUUCCAUGGGUGCCAUAAAGGAAGCGACGGCUUCCAUAUCCGGACAAGGAGUCUUUGGAAACAUGAGGUAUGAAUCUGGCACUCAUCGCGUUCAAAGGGUUCCUGCUACGGAAAGAGCGGGUCGCGUUCACACCAGCACAGUCACCGUCGCGAUUUUACCUCAACCCACCGAGACGGAUAUUAAUUUUCGUGAAGCAGACCUUAGAAUUGACUGCUAUCGAUCUAGCGGUAAAGGUGGUCAACACGUGAACACCACAUCUAGUGCCGUCCGUAUAACGCACAUUCCAACCGGAUGCGUAGUCGCGAUACAAGACGAGCGAUCCCAACCAAAAAACAAAGCGAAGGCCCUCCAAAUUCUAAAGGCGAGAUUAUUUGACAUGGAACGUGCAAAGAAUCAUCAAGAAAGGAGCAAAAUGCGUCGACAACAGGUGGGAACCGGUGACCGAUCGGAAAAGAUUAGAACCUACAAUUACUCUCAGAACCGUGUCACCGAUCAUCGGAUCAAUUUAACGUUGCAUGAACUGGAAAACGUGUUGAACGGAGAAUCCCUCCAAACGAUCAUAGACGGCCUGCGAAUAUUCCAUCAAUCUGAGGCCUUGCAGAAUGAGGAAUCAUGA